UUUCACUUUGUCUCUGGCUCCGUCUGGCCCGAGGGCCCAGAUCCGAAGGCCGCCAGACCUGGGCUUUAUUGGCCUGCCACUAUCUCACUCGGCGUCCAACCCCUUUUGUCUGUCAGGUCGGGACUACCAACCAGGCCUUGUAGGGCAGGUGAAAAAGACAAAGUGACCGCUACCGUCCUCGCUCCCACGCCCCAGCCGCCUUCACUGCACUAUCCUCUCGGCCGGGGCUCUCGCAUCCCCUCGCUAGUCGGCAUCUCGGCUUAUCUGAUCCCGCUCGCAUGGGCCAGCCGGCCAUCAGCCAAACAGACAAUCAGCCAAUCAACUACCCAGCCAGCCAGCCAGCCAAGCAGACAGUCAGCCAAUCAACGAGCCGUGUCUCGAAGCCGGAAUAGUUCGAAUCUCGUCGUGAGCGUCAGUUCGGACAGUCGUAACAGUGGCCGUGCAGCUGAACCAGCCAUCCGAUCGUCGUCUGGACGACUGGUUCGUGGUCAACAGCGCCACGUCGGCUCGUCGACCCACUCAGCCAAGGGUGGCUGUAGCAGCGCACUCUUGGAAUUCGCCUGA